CGCGGAGCCGCCGCCACCGCCGCCCGCGAAGACACGGUCCCCAGAGGCCUGCAGGCCUAGCCCGGCCCGCGAGCCCGAGCCGGCGUGUCGCUGCCGUGAGUAAAGCCAGCGCCCUCUCCACGCUCGUGCGCACAUUAAGAUGGAGGAGAUCUCCUUGGCCAACCUGGAUACUAACAAGCUAGAGGCCAUCGCCCAGGAGAUUUAUGUAGACCUGAUAGAGGAUUCUUGUCUGGGAUUCUGCUUUGAGGUGCACCGGGCGGUCAAGUGUGGCUACUUCUACCUGGAGUUCGCAGACACUGCUAGCGUGAAGGAGUUUGGCAUUCAGCCAGUGGAAGACAAAGGAGCAUGCCGCCUCCCGCUCUGCUCCCUGCCUGGAGAAGCCGGGAAUGGGCCUGACCAGCCACUGCAGCGCUCGCCGCCAGAAUUCCAGUAGCCGCACCGUGGGAGAGGCUGGCAGUGACCAGGACAAUAAUUCACACUGGUCUCCUGGCUUGGAGUAAGCAAAGUCAAAAGAGAGAGAGAGAGAAAAGGAAAAAAAAAAAAUCAAUCAAAAGUCCCAAUUUCCCUUAAAGAUCCUAGCAUUCAAAAAUCAAAAGUGGAAAAUUUCUUUUUUUCUUUUUUGAAGUUUACCCAGGGCUAGCUCUGAACCCUGGGUAGUAGAGGGUGCACAGCCAGGGCUUCCUGCAAUUCUUGUUGAUCUCUAAACACACCCGGAUGUACACAAGGUUUCCCUCUACUAUACACAGCGGACAGGGGAGCAGCAGGCUCUCCUCCAUCAGCCUGAGGUCAAGGGCUUCUUGGACAGUUUGGACAUUGCUCAUGUUCAGGUCAUCAGCACGUGUAUUUGCUCCCCUGAAUUCUAAGCCUCUAAUGGGCCUCUAGAAACGAAAAUCAGGAGAUUUGCAUAGUAACAAUAUUAAUUGCCAGUUGAAUUAGGUAAGAAGCUCUGUGGCUUUGUCUGCAAGGAGAAGAAAAGUUCGAAACCACCUGUUUUCCAAAGGCCUGGCAUUUGCACUGAUUUCAGGGGAUGUGGAAACAAGGCCUAGCCUUUACCUGAGCACAGUCUCUUUCUUCCCCUCCUUCUCUAGGACCGGUUUGAGAAAGGAUAACCUGGCUUUCCAGGCGGGCUUAGGAUUCUGUUUUGAUCCUGUGAGAAAGAAGUAGGGACCUCUGCAACUAUGAAGAUUCAUGCUUGGAUGAAUUAUCUUGUGGGCAUAAAAUGGUGGGACGGCCCUUUUCUACUCUUUAUUAUGUAAGGAAUGUAGCCAGCCAGUGGGUCUGACUGAACUCUGGAAGAAUCUCAUGGCUGUGCAGGAUGCUGUUGGUAAACUGAGCCUGGAGGGGACUUCUCCCAACUGCCCUCAGUAAUGUGAAUGAAUUAGUGCUCAGAGCCAAGAAGCAGACUUGGUUUAUCUCUUCUACGACUGUUGAAUCCUGUUGAAUGCCCUUGUUCCUUAAGCUGGGAAGUCAGCUGUGCUGUGGUGAAUGUUCACCACCUGUGCCCCUCACAAUGAUAUACUUUGACUUGGUCCCUUUUGGACCUUCAUGACAGCAAGAGCUAUCUUUUUGUUAUGGGAAGGAAGUGGGAAAGGAUUUCCCUUGCUUUUUGGAAAUGGGGUAGAGGAGGAUGGGAAGUGAGGGCUAAAUAUCAAAACUACCCUCUGAUUUACUCCCUGGGUAAGGGUUUAAAAAGGAUUAAGAGGGUGGGAGGCCGGAUGUGAUCAGAACAGAAAGGUGCUGCUUUAUUUGAAAUGUUUUCUUACCUCAUUCCGUGCCCCAGUAAAGGGUCCAGCCUCAUCUGUCUGGCUUGGCCCCAUGUUCCUGUCCACUGCUCCACACUGCCUAUCUGGUGCAGCUCAUGAUUCCAGGUGCUGCUUGCUUCUCCAGCUUUGACCACUCUCAGUUCAUCUCUUAAUGCUCCUGCUUCUGAAGCCUAGCCAGGUUCUUUUACCUUGUCCCUUGAGUCCUUACGUUCGUUUUGUCUAAUCUGUUAUUGUGGGAGAUUCAGAAGAGAAUCUUUCUGAUGACUCCGUCUGGAUUGAAAUGGGAAAAUAACUUUUUGUAUUUAUAGGGCAGGGCGAUGCCUAAGUAUUUCUCCUCUACAGGAAUGUGUUGCUCUUAUGAUCAUUAUGCUUUGUCAUCUUGAGUUCAGUCUUCCCACCUCCACUUAGUAUUGCCUAUUAGGACUUGAACAGAAGAACUAUGAAGGCUGACACACAGGGAUGGAGUUGGUCCUGCUCCACUUCCUCUAACCUUUAUUGUGUAUACAUUAUCCUUAUCCCACAAGGAGCUACUUGAACACUAUGGAUUGCUUUGGGUUAUGGUACUCUAGAGAGUUAAGGAAGCAUAGUGAUUGGGCCUUGAGACUGUCUAUAAUUGCCUUCUAGAGUUUUUCCUGCUCAGGGUUAGGGCCUAGUUACAAGUUGAUGGUCAUCCAGGAAUUGAGAGAAUUUUUAAGUCAAGCACUGGCAGGGUCAAAAAUAACGUGAAGUUAUUUCUGCACUUGGCCUUUUGUGGACACCUAAGAAUAAUGAGGAAGAGAUAGGUCUAAGUGUGACUCCUGCCUACUUCCUCACAAUAUUUUGGAAAUAGGAUGAAAAUAAAGGGAGUAAAGUGAAAGUCCAAUCUGCCUUCAGAUAUGGAGCUCUGGUGUGACUUAAUACUGCUUUUUUUUUUUUUUCUCUUCUGGUUAGAGGAUGAACAUGUGGGAAGUAGUUUUGCAUAUGGUUUCUUCAUAUGACUUCCUUUUUUUCCUUUAUUUUUUUUUAUUUAUUUUUGUUUUUUGUGCUCUUCACUAUCAUUAGGGCAGUAGCCCCCUGCUCUCUGUAGGUAUGAGGUGGGCUAAGUCCAACAGGUGCCCUGAGGGAACAACCUACUUUUUUGGCAGAUAAUGCUCCCUACCAUGUGUAGUUCAGGGUGGUUAGGAACUCUCCCUUCUUCUACUCCCUUUCCUGUAACAGCAGAAUUCCUAUUCUUCAAUUAAUUGUAUUGAACACCCUGUAAUAUUACUAUGUAUCUGAGUGUGUGUGUGUUUAGGGGAAUGGGGAUUCUUUAAAAUUUCUGUGGUUUGUGGGUUUUUCUUCCAUAUAUUAGUUCCCACCACCGCAUGCCCAGUGGCCACUGCCUGGCAUUAUCGCAUGCUGGGAUCAUUGGGGGAGGGUAGUAUGAAACUCAACACUGUCCUUUGUUUUGGAGAUUCUUAUUUUUAAGUAAAUAAUCCAUCUUAUACAGAUAGCUGAUUAACUCUGUGUGUGCCCCCUUGCCUCUAUGGCUGCUGGUGUAAAAUAAACUGCAUCUCCCCAUUGCUAAACAGUAAUAAUAAAAUGUAAAAAACACA